ACAUACGCUAUACCACAGAUCCACACCGUAGUAUAACAUGGACCGCAAGGCUGCGAAAGAGGCCUUUGUUUCGGGCCUCAGCGGUGCGAGCAAGGCCGAGGUGUUCGCGCUCGUGGCGUCGCUGUCCCUCUCCAUCGUUAUUUGCGAGCUGGCCAAGACAGGUCUGCGUUCCAAAAGCUGGUGGUCCUCCGUCCUGCUGGAGCUGGUGCUGGUGGUGUAUCUGCAGCUGCUGCUGUGCACGGGCGCCCUGCCGCUGGCGCCCACGGCAUGGACGUGCGCGGCGCUGGCAGCUGCAAGCACCGCCUGGCGGCUCCUGGCCACAGCGCAGUCGGCACACCACCCCCUGCAUUCCUCGCCACAGGGCUCCCAAGCGGCCCUGCAGGCUCUGGCGGGCAAGCGCAAAGGAUUUAUCAGCGCGUUCCGCGGAGCGCUAAUGAUUGCGACCUGCAUUGCCAUUCUGGCGGUUGACUUCCACGUCUUCCCGCGGCGGUACGCCAAGACAGAAACGUACGGCACAGGCUACAUGGAUGUGGGCGUGGGGGGCGUGGUGCUGGCGGCGGGACUGGUCAGUCCCGUGGCUACGAGCGGCAAUGACGGCACUCCGUGGAAGCCGGCGCCACUGCUGCAGCGCAUCUGGGCGGGGCUGCGCGGCGCGGCGGUGUGCUGGGUGCUGGGGCUGGCGCGACUCGCCACCACCCGAGCGGUGGACUACCAGGAGCAUGUGGGCGAGUACGGUGUGCAUUGGAACUUCUUCGACACGAUCGCGGUGGUGGCGCUGCUGGGUGCGGCGGUAGCGGUGCCGCCAGGCCGGCUGAGUGCGGCGGCGGUGGCGGUGACAGCGGCGCACCAGGCAGCGCUGACGCUAGGCGGCCUGGGCGCCUGGGUCAUGUCGCACGAGCGCGACCCCUCCAGCCUGAUCAGCCUGAACAAGGAGGGACUGGUCUCCGCCCCCGGCUUUUACGCGCUGUUCCUGUGGGGCGCCGCGCUGGCGCGCACAAUGCACACCGGGCUACAGCGUGCGGUGGCGCAGGCUGUAGCAGCGGCCGGGGCUGUAGCCGACAGGCAGCAGAGCGCGGGAAGGGAGGGAGCGGCGGCGCGGUGGCAUCGGCGGCGGCUGGCGCUGGCGCUGGCGGCGCCGGUGCUGCGGUGGUGGCUGGAGGUGGCGUUGCUGGAUGCGGCGCUGUGGGCGGCGGUGGCGGCUCUGGAGGCGUAUGUGGAGCCGGUUUCACGAAGGUCCUGCAAUGCAGCCUAUGUGCUGUGGAUUGCGGCGCAGCUGCUCGCAGGCGUCCUGCCACUGGCGCUUGCGCAGGCCGUGGCGGCGGCGGCGGCGGCGGCUGCCGCAGGGGCGCCGGGACAGGGUCGGCCGCAGGCGGCAUUAGGCGUGGACGGAGCGGAGGGAGACAGAACGUUGGAGGCGAAAGGCGCCGCGGAUGCCAGCGCAUCGGCUUGGGGGCCCACCAUCCUCCAGGCUGUCAACUCGGCCCAGUUGCCAGUGUUCUUGGUCGCCAAUUUGCUGACCGGUGCGGUCAACCUGUCAGUGGACACAAUGCAGGUGCCGGACUGGCCUGCAAGAGCGGUUCUCGGCGGGUACAUCUCUACUGUGUGUGCUGUGGCAGUGGUGCUGCAGCGCUGGGGCCUGCGAUUGAAGCUGUAGCCGCAGCCGCUGCGGCUGUAGCUGUGGGCUGGCGCGGGCUGACGCCCUGCUGCACUUGCCUCAGUGAGUGUGCGGUUCGCCUUGCCCAAUCAGCACGCACAUAC